AUGAAAGGAAAACUAAUGAUGGCAUAUUAUCAAUUGAGGUAUUUUGAAAAUAAUUUGGAUAAGGUUUCUGAACAGUUAUUGAACUGCACUGGAAUAGAUCCAAAGAACAUGAAUAAUUCAUAUCAUGAUCCAAGACCUUGUUUUAUUUGUGCAUCUUCUUAUGGAUAUUAUUAUGCUCAGGGAUUUAUAACCCAGUUGAUUAGCUCUUUCUUUUUAGAGGAAUAUGAUCCAUGCACAAUAGAUUCUUAUAGAUAUAAUUUGGAAAUGGAUAAUUCUUCAAAGAGAAUGAUUUCAAUGUAUCCUAUUUCAUUGUAUGAGGAAUACCCAAUACUACUCGACAAUCAUAUAAAUAUGAGUGAUGGAAUGAUUUUUUCUCUGGUUAUUAGGAACGAUUUCAAUCCCAAUAACUUUACCUCAGAAUUUGCAGGAUUUACUCCUUACUACAAUCAAUUAGCCAAAUCAGUUUUUUUUAAUAGAUAUAUUAUUACAAUUGCAAUUCAUUACAAGGAUAUUGUGGAAGAUUCAUUCAAGAAAAUUGUGGAGGAGGAAUUGAGAAAGUUUUUAAAGCAAAAUUAUGAUUUUAGAAAUUAUCUGAUUAUGGAAUGCAAUCUUUUUAAUAGAGAACAAGUGCUGAGAACAACUGUGGAGUCUGUGAAAAGAUUUAGAUUUAUUGACACCAACCAAUUCUUGAAAUACAUGAUUCAGUCAGACAAGAAGAAGUGCUCCUUAAUGUAA